AUUAAAACAUGGCCGGUGUCACGCGUUUAGGAUUUUAUAAUUUGUAUUUAAAUCAAACAGCUAGAAAUGUUUUUUCUUCUACCGGCUGUCAUGUGCGAAUGAUUACAUCUUCUGCUCAUAAACGUAAAAUAUUUAAAAUUCAAGAUGAAACAGACUUUGAAGAAAGAGUUGUUAAAAGUGAUGUUCCGGUUGUAAUUGAUUUUCAAGCUAGUUGGUGUGGGCCUUGCAAAAUUCUUGAACCCAGGCUGGAGACUGUAAUUGGUACUAAAAAUGAAAAGGUCCAUUUAGCAAAAGUUGAUAUAGAUGCCAAUGCUGAGAUAGCUAUGAAAUAUGACGUGCAAGCUGUGCCACACGUAGUAGGUUUCAAAAAUGGAAAAACUCAGAAGAGCUUCACUGGAGUAAAGGACGAAGAUCAGUUAGAAAGUUUUGUUAAUCAGCUAAUUGAUGCUUGAGCUUAAUGUUUUAAUUUCUACUUAUGAAUUUUUUAACUGCUAUUUUUCGAAUUUUGAGAGGUAAACUGGUUUACUCUGCAUUUCCUAAUUUAAUGACCAUUAGUUAGGUAAAAAGAGCCUCAAUAUUCCAUCGUGUGUAAAUAUUAGUGAAAUAUUUUUCUUUGAAUAUUCUUAAUGAUGAAUAAAAUUUCUUUAUAAAAUGUU